GCACCCAGGGAGGAGGGGCAGAGGGAAAGAGAACGAACAGAAGGGCAAGAGAAUUGGCAGAAUCCUCUCUCCUACGUCUUCCUAGGCCCACAGCCGGUGCCUUUGGCGCACUGAGGUGCGCAGAGUCCCUUAGCCAGGCGCAGGGCGCGCAGCCCAGGCUGAGAUCCGCGGCUUCCGUAGAAGUGAGCAUGGCUGGGCAGCGGGUGCUGCUUCUAGUGGGCUUCCUUCUCUCUGGGGUCCUGCUCUCAGAGGCUGCCAAAAUCCUGACAAUAUCUACACUGGGUGGAAGCCAUUACCUACUGUUGAACCGGGUGUCUCAGAUUCUUCAAGAGCAUGGUCAUAAUGUGACUAUGCUUCCUCAGAGUGGAAACCUUUUAAUCCCAGAUAUUAAAGAGGAGGAAAAAUCAUACCAAGUUAUCAGGUGGUUUUUACCUGAAGAUAAUCAAAAAAGAAUUACGAAGCAUUUCAAUAGCUACAUAGAAACAGCAUUGGAUGGCAGAGACGAAUUUGAAGGCCUUCUAAAGUUAAUGGAAAUAUUUGGGAUUCAAUGUAGUUAUUUGCUAAGCAGAAAGGAUAUAAUGGAUUCCUUAAAGAAUGAGAACUUUGAUCUGGUAUUUGUUGAAGCAUUUGAUUUCUGUUCUUUCCUGAUUGCUGAGAAGCUUGUGAAACCAUUUGUGGCCAUUCUUCCCACCAGAUUUGGCUCUUUGGAAUUUGGGCUACCAAGCCCCUUGUCUUAUGUUCCAGUAUUCCAUUCCUUGUUGACUGAUCACAUGGACUUCUGGGGCCGAGUGAAGAAUUUUCUGAUGUUCUUUAGUUUCUCCAGAAGCCAAUGGGACUUGCUGUCUACAUUUGACAACACCAUCAAGGAGCAUUUCCCAGAAGGCUCUAGGCCAGUUUUGUCUCAUCUUCUACUGAAAGCAGAGUUGUGGUUUGUUAACUCUGAUUUUGCCUUUGAUUUUGCCCGGCCCCUGCUUCCCAACACUGUUUAUGUUGGAGGCUUGAUGGAAAAACCUAUUAAACCAGUACCACAAGACUUGGAGAACUUCAUUGCCAACUUCGGGGAUGCUGGGUUUGUCCUUGUGGCCUUUGGCUCUACAUUGAACACCCAGCAGUCCCAGGAAGUCCUCAAGAAGAUGCACAGUGCCUUUUCCCACCUCCCUCAAGGAGUGAUAUGGAAAUGUCAGAGUUCUCAUUGGCCCAAAGAUGUUCGUUUAGCCACAAAUGUGAAAAUCGUGGACUGGCUUCCUCAGAGUGACCUCCUGGCUCACCCCAGCAUCCGUCUUUUUGUCACUCAUGGCGGGCAGAACAGCGUAAUGGAGGCCAUCCGGCAUGGUGUGCCCAUGGUGGGAUUGCCAGUCAAUGGAGACCAGCAUGGAAACAUGGUCCGAGUAGUAGCCAAAAAUUAUGGUGUCUCUAUCCAGUUGAAUCAGGUCACAGCUGACACACUGACACUUAUGUUGAAACAAGUCAUAGAAGACAAGAGGUACAAGUCAGCAGUGGCGGCAGCUAGUGUCAUCCUGCGCUCUCAGCCCCUGAGCCCUGCACAGCGGCUGGUGGGCUGGAUUGACCACAUCCUCCAGACUCGGGGGGCGGCACACCUCAAGCCCUAUGCCUUCCAGCAGCCUUGGCAUGAGCAGUACCUCAUCGACGUCUUUGUGUUUCUGCUGGGGCUCACUCUGGGCACUGUGUGGCUUUGUGGGAAGCUGCUGGGUGUCGUGGUCAGGUGGCUGCGUGGGGCCAGGAAAGUGAAGAAGACAUGAGGCUAGGUGUAGCCUUGGGUGAGGGGAGGGCAUCCCUGGUUCUUUGAAGGUUCUCCCCACCCCAGCACAGGCCACCCUGUGUUCUCUCUUCAGCUCCACCUGCCAAUGAUCCUGCAACUUGCUUCUUUCAAUUAUCUGCCUCUGUUUAGAAAUCUUCAUGCACUACUAAGGUUUCUUGACUUGCCCCUUGUGACCUGGAGCCCCCAGCUCAGAUACGAACUUUCACCUGCCAGCCCUGCCUCCUCCUUUCUCCCUUUUCCUAGACACAGGACUCUGACAACUUCACCUUUCUUGUUUAGAUGACUUCCCAAUCUCCAGUCCCCAUUUCUCCUUCUAUCACUUUUCAUAAAAAAAACAGGAAAUAUUUGACAUAUCUUCCAUUUCAAAUUCUUCCAUUUUAUGCAUAUAUCUUGCCCUUCCUAUAAGCUCUCCUCAAAGUUCAGGAAACCUGGUCCGCUCUCCUGCAUUUAGGAAAGGAGAACCUCGGCCAAGACCUUUGCUCACUGCCUGAGACCCCUUCCUUAGAGAGCACUUCCUUUGCUGGUCAGACAUGGAGCCUGCACUUGGUCCCAGAUGAUACUGCUUUAUUUCAGUUUUUACAGUUUCCUUCUUAAGAUUCCCAUCUUAUAAAUGGAGUACAGUAAACCUCAAGUAGCGAAGUGGAAGCCCAUGUGUAAGGCUUUGUGGCUUCAGGUACCAGUGGCUAAGGCAGUUUUAAAGACUUCGUUGGUUUUAGAAAAAUUCCAUCUUCCAUCCCCUACAUGGUAGUUAAUACCGUUAUAUAUGGUAAAACCUUAGAGAUGACAUUAAUCUGCUAGGAACAGAAGCAAGAAAAACCAUGGCAUAAACAACCCCAGAGUUUUUGUUCGUUCGUUUCAUCUUUUUUGAUAAAGCCCGAAGGUAGCCCAUUCAGGGCUUGUGUGGUUGGUUGCUCCAUCAUGUCAUCAAUAACCCAUAUGUUUUCUUUUUGAUCUUCCUUAGUGUAACACCAGACUACCUUUCUGAUAGCUGGUGUUCAUGAAACAUUUUACGUUCAAAUGAUUGUACCUAUUUUUGGCUUUAGAGUUCUGAAAUAAAAUGAAAUUCCACUGUAAUAAAACUGUCAAAUG